AUGAAGUUCACCACCAUCGCUGCUGCUUUUGCCGGAUUGGCAACCACACUCGUUCAAGCUGCUCCAGUCGUUGCAGCUUCUGAAGAACUUCAAACUAUUCAAAGCGACCUCAAACAUUUGAACUCUGAUGUCAACAACUUGAUCAACUCACUUAAUCUCAAUUUGAAUGAGAAAGCUCAAAAGGAUCUUGCUAAUGGACACGAAAGCGAUGAGUUGAUUGCUGAACUUGGUAGAAGCUUGUUGGAUGCUUCCAAAGGUAAUGCUGAUGUUCUUUCCUUCUUGCACCAAGUUGCAAAGAGAGAUGCAGUCGAGGAUGAAAUUGUUGGUGCUGUUGAUGUCUCCAAAAGAGGUGGAUUUGUCACCAUUGAACAACAUCAAAUUUCCAUUGAUGCAAUCAUCAAGGCCAUUGAGUACGUUAUUGUCUUUAACCAUCCUCUUCCCAACCCAGACCACUUCAACCAUGUCUUGGCAAUUUUGGGCAUUGAUGUUGAAGUAGCCGCUCAAAUAAACAUCACUUAUGACACUGUUUCCAUUGACUUUGCUGCCAUCUUGACCAAGCUCAUUGACAUUGGACACGAAGUCGUUGACAUUGCUGAAAAGGUCAUCACCGUCACCCUUCACGAUGUCACUGUCAAGAUUGAAGCCAUUUUCAAGGCAAUUGAAUACAUCAUUAUCCAACAUCACCACCUUCCAAACCACGACAACUUUGCCGGUUUGUUGGUCAUCUUGGGAAUUGAUAUUGAAACCGCUCAUUCAAUUGGUAUUUGGGAAUGGAGCUCGAGUUUCGACGUUGUUGCUGUGUUUACCAAAUUCCUCGGAUUUGGUGUAUUCAGUGAUGUUGCUGUCUGA